GGUGUCUUUCCGGGAGCUGCUGGCGCAGCCCUAAUUCUUAGCCUUCCCCUGCGAGGGUCUCGGCGUUGACACCGCUCGCCGGACAGCGGGGAGCAUGCCCGGCCGCGCCGCGCGCCAGGAGGCAGCAGCGGGGAGCGCAGGGGCGGCCGCCUCCGCGCAGCAGGAGCGGAGCCUGGCGGGAGCCUUCCCGCUAGUGCUGAAGAAGCUGAUGGAGAAUCCUCCGCGGGACGCGCGCCUCGAUAAAGAAAAGGAGAAGGAAAAACUUGAGGAGGAUGAAGCAGCAGCUGCCAGCACUAUGGCAGUCUCUGCCUCCCUCAUGCCUCCCAUUUGGGACAAAACCAUCCCUUAUGAUGGGGAAUCUUUCCACCUGGAGUACAUGGAUCUGGAUGAGUUCCUCCUGGAGAACGGAAUCCCUUCUAGCCCUGCUCACCUAGGCUUGAACCAGAACCCGCUCCUGCCUGUGGCUGAGCUGGAAGGAAAAGAGCCUGCCAGUGCAGCUGCUGCCUCCCCUCCCUCAUCAUCUUCCACUGUAGUUUUCCAACCAUCUGAAGCUGCCUCCGGCACAGAAUCCUCCCCAGAGAGUGAGAGAGACACUCCGAGCCCCGUUGAUCCAGACUGCAUUGAGAUUGAUGUGAACUUUAAUCCCGACCCUGCUGACUUAGUGCUCUCCAGCGUGCCCGGUGGUGAGCUUUUCAAUCCUCGCAAGCACAAGUUUGCUGAAGAGGACCUGAAACCACAGCCCAUGAUUAAAAAGGCCAAGAAGGUUUUUGUCCCAGAUGAGCAAAAGGAUGAAAAAUAUUGGACAAGGCGAAAGAAGAACAACAUGGCAGCAAAGCGUUCCCGCGAUGCUCGGCGACUGAAAGAGAAUCAGAUCACAAUCCGAGCAGCCUUCUUGGAGAAGGAGAACACUGCCCUCAGGACAGAGGUGGCAGAGCUGCGCAAGGAAGUGGGGAAAUGCAAGAACAUUGUCUCUAAAUAUGAGACCAGAUACGGACCCUUUGACUUAUCUGAUUCCGAGUGAUGCAACUUUAAAGACUUCUAAAAACAAAGAAACUAAAAAGCACACAUGAAACCAUCUGUCUUCAGAGUGAGCAGUGAGAUGUGUGAGAGGUAUCCAACACAAACAACUGACGGGGGACACUGCCUGCAAGUACCCCAUCUGAACUGCCCGGGGGCUGGCAUGAUGAAAAGUCCAAGGUCGUCUUAAUGCUGUGUAUGGCUUUCUUAUCUCUUUUUUUUUUUUUUUUUUUUUUUUUUUUUUUUUUUUUUGUAGUACUAAUGUUUGUCUUCUCUCUGUAAUCAAACUACAGUAAUGUUACUUACUGACACUUGUCAAUUACACUCACAGCUCAUGUCUUUCAGUCCAAUCUGUUAAUGACUUGUGUGAAUGGUGACUCUGUUUUGAUACUUGAAUGAAAUGGGAGAAAGGGGGAUUCUAACUUAAAAUAGGCUGCAACUGGAUUCUGACAAGCGUAGCAUCUUGAGGUACUGCUCGGGGUGCUGAACUAGAGGCAUCCAGGGAAAAUAGUCUAGGUGUGCAAGAAAAUGUAACAGAUUUGUUGAAGUAAACUAAAAAGCACCAUCGAGUGUUCUGUACAAUGGGUAACAAAUAAAUCCUGUUAUAUACCCCAGAUGACAAACACAGCUCCUUAACUACUUCCUCCCCUGAUAUGUACACUGUGGGGAGCCCACCCCCGUCACCUUUUACUUUUAAGGGGCUCUUUGUAUCCCAGUAAAACAAAUUACAUCCAUUUUCCUGUCUGCCGCACUAAAAUAGGGGAGAGGUGUGUACCUCUGAGCUGCUGAGCCCUGUAUUUUGCUGCAAGCCAGACCAGUCAAUCUGUAUUGAAGCCCCAGGGGAACAGUGGCUAGCAGCUACUAUGCUCUGCAUCCUUCUCUUUUUUUCCUACUGCACUCUAAUUCCCCAAACACCUCGGAGAGUACGGCGUACAUCUGUCUCAUGGACCCCAAAUAUCCAGCAAUGCCAUUGUCAUAAUGGAACAGCUUUAAAAACAAAGACCCUGGGCAUGUAUGGAGGUAGAUGAGGCACUUAGAGAGCAUUGCAGGGAUGUUGGCCCUGUGUAGAAAAGGGAGGCUGUCCAUGGAAGGAAAGGUGCCAUCAAUACCGCAAAAGAAUCCUAACCAGACAUCAUAACCAAAUCUAUAGGUGAAAGAACAAAUGGAAUGGCUUAUUUCCAGUAAAAUAUUGUAGGGCUGCACUUGUAUCCAAGGUUCUGUCAAUAACAUAGAAAUGAAGAGAGGAAGUUUUUUCUAUGUGUCUAUAUGACAAACUCUCUGCCAGGUGGCUGAUCAAUAGCAGACACCUGGUUGAUAAAGUGCUCUUGAAAGCCUGCAAAAGGAAAAGGGCCUAAAUGGGAGGCUCAGAAUCCAUUACAACGGAAACUUAUGAAGUAUGGUUUAAUACUGUACAAAUACUGUGUCUUCAUCUUCCCCAGAGGGAUCCUGCCCUCAGGACUUCUUAGUAGGAAGGAGAAGAGGAAAGGGCGCAAUGGGGAGAAGCAGACUGCUGCAAACUUUCUUUAAACAAGGUUGUAACCAAUUCAUUUUUCAGUGUAGCCUGGCAACGAUGAACGGGCUUUAUCCAUCAAGUGCACUGCUUGAUCUAGUCUUGCAAGUGGACCAUGUUUUCAGUGUUAAAGAACAUGCUUUAACUUUUUUUCCUAACCAGUAAGAAAUGUUAUUAAUAUGUAUAUAAUAAGAUUCCAGGAUUGUCACUCUGAAGCCUGUUAUGUCUGUAGAGUCAAUGUGAAGCGAUGGAAACAGCUACACAGGUAGUUGAGAGCUCUUUUUGUUCUGAAUAUCACCAGGUGCAGUCAUCGCUGUGACUUGUGAUCUGUUACUGUCAUAAGUUCACAGCCAUUUUUGGCUUUUUUGCACGCACACAACUUUACAAAUUACAUCCAUGGAACAACAAAACUAGUACUUUUAUAAGUUGGAACUCUUUAAGAUUCGCUAGGAUAGUACAUGAAAGUUUCCAAAUAUCUGCAAAUGGGUUACUAUUCCAGCAUCAAAUUCCUAAAAUGUCAAGGAUAUAUUACCACCUGUAUAAAGUGUUGCAGGCUUACACCUUGUACUGCAGAUCUGAACAACCCUUCUUUUUUUAGUUUAAGGGCCUUGAUUUUAAUACAUUUACAUGCAUUCAACAUCUUUAACAUCUUCUAGCAUAUAUUUCCAAUUACUUAGUUCUGAAUUAUUGUUUUUCACAACCAUGUUAACCAUUUGAGGAGAGGUGCUACUAACUGUGCCAGGUACGUCUUAAGGGAGCAGGUGCCGAGGAGGUCCAGCAGCUCCUGGGUUUAGGAAUAUUGUAAAAGAACAAUUGUGGCAAAAAUAUUUUGUGUAGUCAGCAGGAGAUCAGUGCUGCUGUGGAACUUCAGAUCUGCAGAGCUCCUAACCUUUACAGAACUGAAGCUCCUGGUUAUCAAAAGUCCUGAUUUUACAAAGUGUUUAGUUAUCUCAAAGCUUUGUAAAACAGGGUGUGUCUGUAUUGUUUUCUCCUGGCUGUGGUGGGUGAGCCCAAGACAAAAGGCAGAUGCAGAGGUGAUCUGACCCAUUAACUUCAUAUUGUACAGUAACCUAGAUCUAAAUAUUUACUGAGGAAAGAACAUUUAUUUUAGUAUCUUUUUUUUUUUUUAAGGGCUUUUCCCCUCACAGAAAUACAAAAUCUUGACCAGCUUUGUUGGUCUUAAGUAAUUCUUCUGUUCUGCAUCUACCAAAAGCACCACUAAAGGUUGGGGGAAGGGACAACAAAGCUAAUAAAGUUCCUUGGAGAUCGUCAGUAUUUUUAGCCGGAUGGUUCAUUAUUCUUUAUUGUGCGGCUGUUUUAGAAUACAAACAUUUAAAGUUCAGGCAGUCACAAUGGAGUGGAGAGUUGUGAGGGAGGUAAAAAAAGUAAGCGGAGGAUAAAGAGGAGUGGAAAAACCAAAAGAUAAGAUUAAGGCAAAUACUAGCCUGAGCCAGAAUGCUGAAACUGAAGCCGACCUGCUUUUAACUUUGGGGCAGUUCGGAUCCAGAUCUCAACCCCACCGCUUGGGCUCUUACCCAAGAUGUUUACUUUUUUAAGUGAUGGGCGCCUCCUUUUCUUCGCCAUAUUUUUUAUGGCCUGAGAUAGAGCAUGAAGGUGAAAAGAACUUGGGAGAGUGAGGGAAGGUGCUAUUAUUUCUAACUACAGUAGUUGUUAUAUUCAUGUACUCACUAUAUGUCCAUUCAAUUAAGGCACUUGAUUCUGACUUGCAGAUGGCAGUAUUACUGCCCUUUGCUCAUGUGGUGGCCUGAAUUGUUUGACAGAGCUGCAUCCAUAUAUGCAGCUGAAGGUGAGGUGAGGAUUUGUUUACUUACCUAAAUGGAAUAGCAGGUAGCUGGUAUCUGUCUUCUAGAGCAGCGAUGAUGUAUCUGUUUGCUACUGGUCAGGAUAAUGGAAGGAUUAAUCUUCUACACUCGUGAUUUAUUGGAAUAUUGUAUUUUGUAUAACUUAGAACAUGUAAAUACACUUUUAAAAUUAAUUGUCCUAUGAAGUAAUAAAUAGCACUUCCAGUGUAACACCUGAAAAUUGUUAAAAGUGCUUCAUGUCGCAUGACUUGGGAUUUUUUUUUCCUAGAGAACUGCAGAAAUCAAAGUGAGAUUGAUGUUGUGGAGUUUUAAUUUAAUUGUGAUGCUUCCUGGUAACAAAAAUAUUUAAAAAUAAUAAACCACCCAAGCCGAGAAACUUUAUUUUAUUUUUUUACAGUAAUGACUUAGGUGACAUUCAUCACUGUACUCAGACAAUCCCAUUUUCUGGAUAGUCAGUUUUGUUUGUUGGCCAGUAACAUUUGGAAAGCACUCCUAUUGGUCAGUUUCAUAAAAAGCACUGUGCAAGUCCAGAAAAACAGUAACUUGUUUUUUAAAUUGGUUGUGGCUUAAAUGUAGCUCUCUAACCAGACUUCAAUGUAGUCUGCAGACUGUUACUGCAACUCAUCCAUAACAUAAGUAGAAUAAACCUUCAUCAGUCAUGUUGUGUACACAACAUAUACGGUUCUCCUACUCGCACAUCUUUUGGUGAGUGAAGAGAUCCAUUGACUAAAGACUCGAAUUUUCAGUGCAUUUUCACUGGAUACUGCACAGAUGGAACUUUCAGCAGCCAGUCAAAUUCUUCUUUUUGUGUCCAUUUUAGACUAGAGGAAAACAAAAUUAAUGGUUGAGAAUCAUGGUCAAUGUGUUAGGAAGUAACUUGUCCUUGUCCUUCAAACUUUAUCUAGCACUGGGGCCCACAGCCCUGUGAUAAAACCUUCCCCCUGACAUCUCUUCAGCUCACUGACUUUAACUGAUGUACAGCAGUGGCCUCCACUCCAGUAUCUGCUGCUGCAGCAUUCCAUUGAAAUAACAAUGGAAAAUCCCACAUUUUUCAUAGUGGGCAGAAAUGGUGGUACAGUUUUGUAUUCUGUUCCCAAGCUGUUAAGUAACUGUGAAGCAGCUAAGUUUUAUGUGCAAGUUAUUCACUGGAGUUCUGCUCCUGUCAAGGUUUUUUGGAGAAGAGGAGAGAGUCUGUUUUGAUCUCAUUAGUGUUUCUGGAAGAAUCUCAUUUGGUGUGUUUUGGGUUUACACUACAUUUUAAUGCCAGAAGCAAGAGCAUUUUGAAGUGUCCUUUAUUUGGAUCUGCAGAUGACACCACUCUAUCCCACUAAAUAAGGAAAAAUUUAACUGCAAAAUAUUUAUAUAGCUUUUGCUUUGUGUCAUUAAACAAUUGCUGUAUUUCACCUCCUGGGUGUCUCCGUUUUUGAGGAAGGCAAAGUAAUUCCUGUAUAUAGUUCUGUAAGUCUGUAAAAUGCUUUUCGGAUCGUUCUGGAUGAAAGGCCCUAUAGAAAUGUAAAAUUGCUACUAAUUUACCAGAUACGAUCAUGUGUUUGAAAUAGGUGGGUAAAGUUGUCUAUUACCAUAAAUAAUCAAGCUUCGCUAUUAAUCCUGUACCCAAAACUGCUCAUUUUGUAUACACGCUCUUGCCAGCUGAUUGGAGAAAAUAAAGGUGCCUGAAUUGCAAUCUAAUGAGGAAAGGGCAUUUCACUGUACACCUGGUAUGCUCCUAUGUUUCCACUUCUGACACUUUUUUUUUUUUUUUUUUUAAA